AUGGCCCAUAUACAAUUAGUCGAUGAGUUAGUGCGGGAAUAUUUGAUUUUCAGAGGGUUUACAUCAACUGUAAAAUCGUUCGACGCUGACCUUAAAUCUGAUAAAGAUAAAGGUUUUAGAGUUGACAAAAUAGUUGAUCAAAUUAUGCAUUAUAUAAACGUUUCUGAUCUUAUUGGUCUGAAGGAAUACUGGUUACACCUCGAUAGUUUAAUUUUCUCAAAGUUAGAGGUUCAUGUUCAGCCAGCAAUCCGCAAAAUAGAGUACAGUCUCUACAAACUGUACUUGGUGACAGCAUCUCAGAGCACUGGAGGUGUAAAAAACGAAAAAGUAGCAGAAUUUCUAUCUAAAAUGUUACCAGAAUUACAAGGGCAAAAUGAAUGGAGAGAUUGGUUCAUGUUACCGUACAUACAAAAACCUGAGGAGAAUCCUUCGUUUAGUCUCUAUUUCACCAGAGCCUGGCAGGAUAGUGUGCUUGUGUCGUUACAUAACUUGCUAGCUACUGUAUUUCAAUGUAUGCCUCAGCCAACAUUAACUAGUUAUGAGAGUGAUGCAGCCUUGGUCAAGAGGUUACAGGACGAGAUAAUGACUCUUAAAGGAAAGACACAGCAACCUUCUGAAAAAACAUCGCCAAUAGGACAUCAAUCACGUAUAAGUCAAUAUUCUGAAAGACUCAGUGUUCCCUUACCAUUAGUGGAUGAUUUUUCUGCUAUACCAUCAGAACAAUUUGAUACUGGCAUAAGAGAAGCUCGUGGGCUCAGAGGCCUCUUACGACAAAUGGGAGGGAGUCCAGUUAUGGCAAGAAAAGCUGGAAGAUCUCAAAGUCAGAAUUGA